AUGUCGCCAUCUACGAAGCGGUCCUCAACCAUUCACCUGCCUCUAGGCGACUGCGAGGUCCCUACCAUCGAACAUGACGAACCUUUCGUCAAUCUCGUCACCAAGCUCACCUUGUACAUCUCCAGAGCGGUUGAUGGAGCUUACACUUACGACCAACUGCGGACAACGUUCGCCAGUCAGAGCUUACGACCACUAAUCACAUCUCUAAGCAACGACUGCCAUCAUCCUGCUACAGUGGCCGCACUGUUGGCAUCACGCUACGUAUUCAGCGAGAUAGAGACUGACGGCUCCGGUAUCAACGAAAGUCGAGCUCUAGCAUGCGAAUUCGUGGCUUGGCAAUUCUUGACGUUUCUGUCGGAGCGGGAGCUGAUGGAAUACCUCCUCUAUGAGUUGCCCGCAGUCGACAAAGAUGAUCCAUCCCCGCCCGCAAGACAUACCCGAGAUACUCCCAACGGCGUCGGUUCCAGGACCUCCUCCACACAUUACUUAGAUGAAUCAGCCCCACUACUCCAGCCUCGCCCCACAGAGUAUGAUGGUUUGGUGGGACCUGAUCGAGCGAACUUGGACGACCAUAACGACCCGGAUCCGGGGAAUCUGGGCGAGCUAGAGCCGAAUGAAGGCGACUACGAUCUUGCAAGCACAUUGGCCGGCAUGAAUGCACUGGAAAUCGGACUAGUUUGCGAUGCCAAGAAAUUCAUCUCCUGCAAGCCCGUGCAGAAGGUGGUGACCGAUGUCUGGCAUGGCGAUAUUGUGUUCUGGGAGAGUAUGAGCGUACAUGCUGUCAAGAAGCCGACAGUGUAUAAGAAGCGUUCAGCCGAUCCUUUUCUGAGGUUGCGUGUAAGAUACUUACCCAGACCCUAUAUCUUGCAUCCGACGCAUUAUGCGAAGGAGUCGACAUUGACGACAAGACAGGUCCCGAAAUACCAAAAAGCACUACAGGUCGUCUUCUUCCUACUAUUCCUCGUCCUCUACUAUGUUGUCCUUGUCGCCAGGAACCCAAACCAUGUCAAUUUGUCUGAAGCCCUGUUAUACAUCUGGAUCGUCGCCUUUGCGUAUGACGAGUUCGGUGAGAUCCAAGACGCUGGUCUGAUGUUCUAUCGGACAGAUUUCUGGUCUCUGUGGGACAUGGCAAUCAUCUUUGUGAGCGCAGCUUUUGCGGUGACCCGCAUCAUCGGUCUCGUCAAACAUGACAGUCUCCUGACCGAUACUGCAUUUGACAUUCUCAGUAUGGUGGCGUUAUUCCUUGUACCAAGAUUGUUCUCCAUGUUUUCGUUGAACCCAUACUUUGGCUCCCUGAUCCCGGUGCUGAAGGAAAUGACCAAAGCAUUUUGCAAAUUUUUACCAGUGAUAGUCGUAUUGUACCUAGGGUUCCUCACUACCUUCAGCAUGCUCGCGCGGGACAAGAUAUCUGUGAACGAAAUGUCCUGGAUCUUGAUCAAGGUCUUCUUCGGAAGUAGCUACCUCGGUUUUGAUGUUGCUGUGACGAUCAGCCCUCUCUUCGGCUAUACCUUGAUGCUGAUAUUCGUAUGCUUGACGAACAUUCUUCUGCUCACUUCUCUGGUGUCUCUUGUUUCGGUAAGACACCUCUCCCGCGCAUUAUUGCAUACGGUCUGCCCCGUCGGCAUCUUCAAGUUGAUGCUUAACUCGUUGACCGAAGUGAUGGCACAUGCUCGAGAGGAAUACUUGUUCCAGUACUCUAUCUAUGUGCUCGAAAGCAGCACAAGUGGCCGGCUGACCUAUUUCAUGCCACCUCUUAACCUGGUGGCGCUACUCUUCCUGCGACCGUUACGGCUAGUCUUACCUUCGGAAGACGUACGACGAAUAAGGAUCGUAGUCCUGAAAGGCACCCAUGCUUCUAUCGUGGCUCUCAUCUGGCUCUACGAGCAAACAGCUGAGUUGUUUUCACAUUUGCCUGCAUCGUCUAUCAAGAUGUCAAACAUGUCAAGGUCUCCCCGGCCUAUUUCCGGCCAUUAUGUGGACGGCCCAAGGCCCGCUAUUACGCGAACACCCACUAAGCCAUUCACUCCGAGGGUAUCGAGAGUGACGACAGAUAGAAGAGCGAGACAUCUCUCUGUCUCUUCGACCGGCGACGUAUCUGAGAUGAUGGCUCUUAUACAGACACUAUCAGCCAAGGUCGACGGCCUGACGGCGCUGGUGGCUGUGCAGCAAAAUGAAUGA